AUGGGACCUGUCCCUGAGAAGGCACAAGAGCUGAAAGUAUCAGAUUUGAUGAAACCCGCAUCAACGGAAUGGGACAUUGAGAAGAUAAAUAAUUUUCUCCCUGAGUAUAAGGAUGCAAUUCUCACCUUAAAACCAAGCAAACUUGGCAUCUGCCAGAAAGCUCUACCAGUUGGAGUCCAGUUACAAGCUCGAUGUAUUCCGGUGAACCCAAAGUGUUGCAGAUGUGAGGAGACGGAGUCGAUCCUCCAUCUUCUCUUUCACUGUCCGUUUGUCAAAGAGGUUUGGAAUCGGUCUCAUUUUUCGCUGAAUUUUAAUCCGUUAAUUUGCGAAAAUGUCAUGCAAGGACUAGAGGCGGCUCAAUCCUUGAUCACCUUACCUCCUAUAGGCCUCGAUAGAGGCUUCCUUUACCCUUCUCAAUCCCUGAGUACUGCACCAGAGUCUUCUCGAUCCACGAUCAGACAUCCUCCGGUUUGCCAGCCACAGGGAACAAUCACAUGUUGCACUGACGCAGCCUGGCUAGCGGAACCUCGCUCAGCUGGAUCCGCAGGACUCGGAUGGAUCUUCCAUUCCGACGAAGGGCAAGUCUCUUCUUACUCCUCGGCUUUAUCUUAUGUCUCUUCUGCUCUUGUAGCGGAAGCCCUCGCAAUCAGGCAAGCCCUCCUAAUCAAAGCGAUCACCUCGAAUUCUCUCUUGCUGGAGCCGCAUGUAAUCCUCAAAGACAUAGCUCUUCUCAUUUCGUCUUUUGAUUUUCUUCAAUGUAAGUUUAUCCCUAGGGUGGAUAAUGUUGUAGCUGACUUUGUAGUCAAACAUGCCCUUCGAGUUUUUAAUAGCUCAAGGGAGUAA